ACACACACAAAAACAUAAUCAUUGCAGUCAACACUACUGUAUUGAUAUGUGCCACAGUCCUUUUAGUUUCCCCUUAAAAAUCGGUGGUGUUGCCCUAAUCUCUGUCGGACACACAACAAGAUGCUAUGAAUAGACACACAUUGAUGCAAACGGUUAUAUAGGCGGUACACUGAAAACUUGGAGGAGACUGCAUGUGCAUGGUCACCAUGCUCCAGCACGUUCUACUAUCUGUGAGUUCCAAAGCCUGGCGUGCGCUCUCCUGCCCCAGAUCUGAGCUCCGGUUGGACCUUACACUUGGUUGUGGACAAACUUUUCGGUGGCGUGAGACGGGAGAUGCCCACUGGACUGGAGUGAUGGGCGGGCGAGUGUGGACCCUCACCCAGACCGACGACACACUAUGGUACUAUGUGUAUAACAACAACAACAACCUAGACAACAACCGCCACGGCACGGAGACAGUCUGUAAGAAUAGUCCAGGUAUCGAGCCAUUGGGACCACCAGCCAAGACACCAGAAUGUGAUAUCAGCAAAGUGAAGCAGGAGGUGGAGGAGAAGGCCGUGAAGAUGGAGCCCGUGUGUGGCGUCCCAGAAGAGGAGCUGCUGCUGAGAGAUUACUUCCAGCUCAACAUCCAGCUGGAGAGUCUGUACAAAGACUGGGGUCAGCAGGAUGAACACUUCAGGAAAAUUGCCAGCGUCUUCACAGGGGUGCGUAUGUUGAGGCAGGAGCCGGUGGAGUGCCUGUUCUCCUUCAUCUGUAGCUCCAACAACCACAUCUCUCGCAUCCAGGGCAUGGUGGAGCGCCUGUGCCACAGCCUCGGCCCGCGCCUCGCCACCAUAGAGGACACACACUACCACGACUUCCCCACCCUACACGCACUAGCAGACAGUGGUGUGGAGCAGUGCCUGCGUGACCUGGGCUUUGGCUACCGCGCUCGCUUCCUGCAGCAGAGUGCUCAGCUCAUCCUGGACUCCCACAGCCCUGACUGGCUGCAGCAGCUCCGCAAGGCCUCGUACGAGGAGGCCCGCGAGGCCCUACGCACUCUACCUGGGGUGGGAGUCAAGGUGGCCGACUGUGUUUGUUUGAUGUCUCUGGAUAAGCUGGGGGCUGUUCCUGUGGAUACCCACGUGUGGCAAAUCGCCAAGCGAGAUUAUGCCUGCAGUUCUGGGAAUGGCCAGAAGACGCUCACUGACAAAGUGCACCGUGAGAUUGGUGAUUUCUUCAGGCAGCUUUGGGGACCAUAUGCAGGAUGGGCCCAUUCUGUCCUGUUCUGUGCCGACUUGAAAAAGUUCCAAAACCUGAAAGAACAGGUUGACCUGGGCAAAAAGAGGAUCAAGUCAGAGGAAGGAGAUCAGGAGGAGAAGAAGAAAAAGACGGGAGCCACUAAGAAAAAGAAAGACAGACAGUUGCAGGACAGUGUCCCGAAGAAGGGAGGAACAACUGCAAAGAAGAUGAAGUUGGAGAGAUCAUCCCACAGACGUGUCAAAGAAGAGGACUCGGAGUAAAGUCAGAAUGAGUGAACUAAAACGGAGAUUUUACAGAAACGUGUCAUGUCUACCCGUACUGUACAUAAUAGAGGUGAUACCGCAAACAUCAACAGUCCAAAACCAGCAUCAGACACCUUCAUUGAGGGCAGAUCAUUGAGAGUAAAUAUUUACUGUCAAUGGGGCAGAUCAAAGACAUGUACACUGCACCUGGCCAUGUUUGGCAUUUUGGUAGAUAGAAUACCAUGGCUCCCAAAUACUCCAUUUAGAUGGUCAUUUAGGCCAAUGAGUUGUUGUUUGGAUAAAUAUGACAAAAUAUUAGGGCUUUAUGAGGCUUCUGUGAGACACAAUUUUGUAUUCUAAACGAUUUGUAUGUAAGGAGAUUGUUUUAUUUGAGAUUCUGCCAUCCUUGUGUGCAAAUUAAGCAGGGAGCAUAAGGGCAAGGGCUGAGGCUUGCAAACUAGUAAUGGACUUGGCUUACAACAUGGUACCUGGAGGCGUACUGCCCACAAACAAACACAAAGUAGAGCACUAUGGCAUUGUGUGCCAUGCCAACAGGCUUUGGCUGGCUGUGUUUCUGAAGUUCAGCUGAAGUUCAGAGGUGGUGACCUUAUAUUAGGUUCAGAAAGAAAAAGCCCAAAAACAUGUUCCAUCAAACCAUUCUCUACAGUAGCAGAUUCCAAUAGAACACAGAAAUGCAAUAAUCAGCCAGGUAUAGAAAAGAUCAUUAGUGAUACAUGGCAGUUUUACGUUGACCUUUUCAUGUUUAAAUCCAGGAUCACUUCCUCGGCUGAAUAUUGUACUCAUAUAUCCAUCCUGUUUGCUGUAACCUCAUGUUAAGUCAGGGAUUAUCAAAGCUUUUAUUUGUUUCCCAUUGGGGUGGGAUUGGGUAAUCGUGGUGGGAAACAUAAACAUGCCCUUCACAACCCACCAUCCAUGAAGUGACCUUGACACAUGUAUAAGAGCACAUUGUAUUCCAGUCAGUAGGGAGGCUUGUUUAAUGUUAACCCUAUAUUUUCCUGUCUUCACACGAUCCAAUCUGUCAGUUUGCAUUACUGUCAUCCAACAGACCAGUUCCACUCUCAACCCAUGGGGCCUAUUAUACUACAGCUGGUUCAGGAUAAGUUAAGGUGACGUUAAGAGGUAAAUCAUCUAAUAGAAGAGCCUGGAGUCCUCAUUUUCUUAAGAAAAGCUCUUGUAUUAGAUGAUUUACCUAUUAAGUUAACCAGCUUUGUAGUAUAAGCCCAUGAUGAUGAACUAGAGACUGUUUGUGUUCACUUGGCCACACAUCGUUUACAAUGGUUACUCACCACAAGGUGGUGCAAAAGAUGUGCAAGAUAAAGUCAUUUUUUUACACUUCGA